AUGGCUUCCAAACCUUCUCUCCGGCCGGAGAUGGAGGUGUCUGCCUCCAGGUUCCGCAUCGACUCCCUGCUCUCCCUCAGGCCGCCCGGGGCGCUCCUGUCCCGGGCAGAGGUUCCGCAGCUCAGCCCUGGGGGCAGCAGCGGCUGCUCGGCGCCUCCUUCCCCGCGAAGAGAGCCCGUUCCUCGGCUGGACUCUCCGCCGCUGCCCGGUCACCUGCAGCAGCUCCAGCCCCGCACCGUCAGCUCCUCCUUCCUCAUCCGGGACAUCUUAGCGGACUGUCGGCCCUACUCUGACCCGGGACUGGUCUACCCUGACCCGGGACAGCCCGAGCUAGAAGCCGAGCCGUUCCAGUCCGGACCGGAAGAAGACUUUCAGGAUAAAAGUCACAGCAGCUCGUCUUCAGACUCUGAGUCCAGAGGGCAGGGCGGGGCCUCAGACGCUGUGACGGAGCGUCUGAAGAAACCUCGUAAAGCUCGGACGGCGUUCAGCGACCAGCAGCUGUCGAGGCUGGAGAGAAGCUUCCAGAAACAGAAGUACCUGAGCGUUCAGGACCGCAUGGAGCUGGCGGCGUCUCUGCAGCUCAGCGACACGCAGGUGAAGACCUGGUACCAGAACAGGAGGACGAAGUGGAAGCGUCAGUCGGCCGUUGGUUUGGAGCUUCUGGCUGAAGCCGGCAGGAUGUUCCUGCCCACACACUUCCUGUACCCUCCGGCCCCGCCCACACUGGACCUUUACUUGUACCGAGGCCACGCCCCCCAACACCACCACCAUCACUCAGCCCCGCCCCUUCUGCCCCGCAUACUGACCCACACUGAGCCACACCCUCGCUGACAGCAGGAGACUGGGAGGACUGGGAGGACUGGGAGGAACUCGUGGAAAUCUUUUUGAUUCAAGAGAACAAAGUCCUAAAGACAUUUUUGAUCCUUUUUUACUUCAGGAACUCGAUGAAACAUUUGUAUUGUCGCUGGUUCUGGUUUUUACCGUCUUCAGGUCCUGAACCAAACCGGACUCUGAUCAGAAGGUGACGAUGACUGCACACCAACAGGUCAGAGGAAGAGAUGAUGAUCACGACUGGUUCAAGGACGUAAACAAACAAAAUAAACCUUGUUUCAGUGCUGCGUCUGUACGGGGCAGGACAGCAGGAGGACGACCUGUCCUUUGAAGAGGACGGAGACAAAGGGACACGUUGAGACUCCGGCAGUUUGUGGAGAAGAGACGACUCAGCCAAACGACACGGGACAGAUUUCAGCCAGAAAAACACUGAACUCACUGCAUUAAAUCUGAGACAGAGACACGU